ACCCUACCCAAAUCCCCUACCCCCCCCGAAAUCGCAAAAUUCCCCUCCUCCAAAUCCCCAAACCCUAGAUUUCCUCGCCGGCGAAAUCCUCCCUCCCCGCCGGCGAAUCCCCUCCCCGCCGAUCCCAUUCCCCCGCCCCACUUCGAAUCGCGCCGGAACUGGGGCUCCCCGACCGGAUUCCCCAUUUCUCCGACAGAGGGUCCGUCGCUUGGGGUCCGCGGCAUCCGAGCCUCGGUUCGUGGGAAUUCCUUUGCAUGGGUAAGGUCCCGGACGACACCGCGAAGGCCUCUUCGUCUUCUCCCUCCUCCUCGUCCUCAUCGACGUCGAUCACCGACACCAUCAAUGGCUCCCACCACUUCCAGAUCAACGGGUACUCGCUGUCGAAGGGGAUCGGGAUCGGCAAGUACAAGGCGUCCGACACGUUCACCGUAGGGGGUUACCAGUGGGCGAUCUAUUUCUACCCGGACGGGAAGAGCGUCGAGGACAAUGCGGCGUACGUGUCCUUGUUCAUCGCGCUGGCGAGCGAGGGAUCCGACGUGAGGGCGCUCUUCGAGUUGACGCUGUUGGAUCAGAGCGGGAAGGAGAGGCACAAAGUGCACAGCCAUUUUGGGCGGACGCUCGAGAGCGGGCCUUACACUCUUAAAUACCGCGGUAGCAUGUGGGGCUACAAAAGAUUUUUCAAGCGAAGUGUUCUCGAGACAUCAGACUACCUCAAAGAUGAUACUCUUUCAGUACAUUGUAUUGUUGGCGUUGUUAGAUCACAUACAGAAGGACCGAAGAUUUUCUCCAUACCUGUACCUCCUUCUAGUAUAGGUCAAGAUUUUGGCAAGCUUUUGGACAGUGGGAAAGGAGCUGAUGUAAGUUUUGAAGUAGAUGGUGAAGUUUUUGCUGCUCACAAGCUGGUACUUGCUGCUCGAUCCCCUGUAUUCAGGGCCCAACUUUAUGGUCCGAUGAAAGAUCAGAAUACGAAGCUUAUAAGAGUUGAAGACAUGGAGCCAUCAGUUUUCAAGGCAUUGCUUCAUUUUAUAUACUUUGAUUCUCUGCCUGAUCUUCAAGAGCUUACUGGUCUGGAUUCAAAGUGGGCAUCAACUUUGAUGUCUCAGCAUUUACUUGCAGCAGCAGAUAGGUAUGGCCUUGAUAGACUGAGGCUGCUAUGUGAGGCCAAUCUUUGUCAGGAUGUUGCCAUAAAUACCGUAGCAACUACCUUGGCAUUGGCAGAGCAGCACCACUGUUUUCAAUUGAAAGCCGUGUGUCUCAGAUUUGUGGCAAUGCCUGAAAAUCUGAGGGCUGUGAUGCAAACGGACGGUUUCGAGUACUUGAAGGAGAGCUGUCCCUCAGUCUUGACCGAACUCUUGGAGUAUGUGGCAAGAGCGAGCGAGCAAUCAAUGAUUGUCUCCAGUCACGGAAAUGAAGGCAUUCUCGACGGCAGCGAUGCCAAUGGGAGAAGGGUGAAGCAAAGGAUAUGACAUUGUGGAAAGUUUUUUUCUGCUAAACAUCAAUUGUAGCCCAGAAGAGGGAACGAUAAGAGAAUUGAAAAACCAUAAUGUAGGAGCAAAAAAAACUAUUUUCCAGUCCUUAGCUUCUGGCAUUUGACUUGCAUGAGAUGUAAAUCUUUUUUCUUCUUUUGUCCUGAUUGGUUUGUAAUGUGAAGCAAAACUUUUGUA